AUGUCAUCACAAUCAGAUUAUGCUAAAUUAGUAUCAAGUCUUUCAUCAGAAGAGAUUUUAACUAAAUGGACAGAAAUAACUCCCUUAAAAAAAAUAUCAGGAAUUCCAAGAUCAGCAGGUUCUGAUUCGACUUCAUCAAAUUCACAACAAGAUCAAGAAUUAUUUAAUGGUCAUGAUGAAGAACAAAUUAGAUUAAUGGAAGAAUUAUGUAUUAUAUUGAAUUAUGAUGAUAAACCUUUAGGAGCAGGUACAAAAAAAUUAUGUCAUAUAAUGGAAAAUAUAAAUAAAGGUUUAUUACAUAGAGCAUUUUCAGUAUUUUUAUUUAAUGAAAAAAAUGAAUUAUUAUUACAACAAAGAGCUGAUGAAAAAAUUACAUUUCCUGCAAUGUGGACAAAUACUUGUUGUUCUCAUCCAUUAUGUGUACCAAGUGAAUUAGGUAUAACUGUAAAUAAUUCAAAUGUAAAUGAUUUAUCAAAUGCAAUAGAAGGUGCUAAAAUAGCAGCUCAAAGAAAAUUAGAUCAUGAAUUAGGUAUACAAUUAAAAGAUGUACCAAUUGAAAAUUUCACAUAUUUAACAAGAAUUCAUUAUAAAUCAGCAAGUGGUGAUGAAUCAAGUAAAUGGGGAGAACAUGAAAUUGAUUAUAUAUUAAUAUUAAGAACUAAAAAUGAUAUUAAAAUAGAUGCAAAUUAUAAUGAAGUUAAAGAUUUUAAAUAUGUAACUGAAUCAGAAUUAAAAGAAAUGUUUAAAGAUGAUUCUUUAGUAUUCACACCUUGGUUUAAAUUAAUUUGUCAAACUUUCUUAUUUAAAUGGUGGAAUAAUUUGGAUAGUUUAGAUCAAUUUAAAGAUGAUACAAUUCAUCGUUUACUUUGA